AUGGUCCACAUAUCCAGGGUCCGUAAGGAUUCAGUUGCCUUCCCUCCUAAGCUCCUCAAGCGUGUCGACACCAUAGACCUCGAUGAACCACAGGAUCAUGACUUUUACUCUAGCGUCUAUGGCUCUCGGUUUGCGGCAGAAGACCUUCCCACCGAUGAGAUGCCAGAAAAGGAGAUGCCCAAGGAAGUUGCCUAUCGAAUGAUCAAGGAUGAGCUCAGCUUGGACGGCAAUCCCAUGUUGAAUUUGGCGAGUUUCGUCACCACGUACAUGGAGGAAGAAGCUGAAAAGCUCAUGACUGAAUCGUUCAGCAAGAACUUUAUAGAUUAUGAGGAAUAUCCCCAAUCAGCUGAUAUCCAGAACCGCUGUGUCAACAUGAUUGCACGUCUCUUCAAUGCUCCUGUUGGCGAAGGUGAGCAUGAGCACGACCAUGCCAUGGGCACUUCGUGUAUCGGGUCUUCUGAGGCUAUUAUGCUUGGAACUCUUGCGAUGAAGAAGCGCUGGCAGAACCGCCGCAAGGCUGAAGGGAAGGAUUUCUCUCGCCCAAACAUCAUCAUGAGCAGUGCUGUCCAGGUCUGCUGGGAGAAGGCCGCCAGAUAUUUCGAUAUUGAGGAAAAGUUCGUCUAUUGUACCAACGAGAGGUACGUUCUUGACCCCGAGGAAGCUGUUAGCCUUGUCGACGAAAAUACCAUUGGUAUAUGUGUGAUUCUUGGAACUACUUAUACCGGUCAGUACGAGGACAUCAAGGCCGUCAAUGAUCUUCUUGUAAAGAAGGGCAUUGACUGUCCUAUCCACGUUGAUGCUGCUAGUGGCGGCUUUGUGGCCCCCUUUGUCAACCCGGGACUCGAAUGGGAUUUCCGCCUUGAAAAGGUCGUGUCCAUCAAUGUUUCUGGGCACAAGUACGGCCUAGUCUAUCCUGGUGUCGGAUGGAUUGUCUGGCGGUCAACCGAGUAUCUUCCGCAGGAGUUGGUUUUUAAUAUCAACUACCUCGGAGCCAACCAGGCUAGUUUCACCCUUAACUUCUCCAAAGGGGCUUCUCAGGUCAUUGGCCAGUACUACCAGAUGAUCCGGCUCGGGAAGCGUGGGUAUCGCUCUAUCAUGCUCAACCUCACACGUACUGCGGACUAUCUCGCGGCCUCUUUGAAAGAACUUGGAUUCAUUAUCAUGAGCGAUGGCAAGGGCCGCGGUCUACCACUUGUCGCCUUCCGCCUCCCCCCAGAGACAGCAGAAAAGUACGACGAAUUUGCUAUCGCUCAUCAGCUCCGUGAACGUGGCUGGGUUGUACCAGCAUAUACGAUGGCACCUCAUAGCGAGAAGCUGAAGCUUAUGCGCAUUGUUGUUCGAGAAGACUUCAGCCGUAGCCGCUGUGACAGUCUGGUUUGUGAUUUCAAACUUGCUCUAGCUCAGCUAGAGGAGAUGGACAAGAAGUCGCUGGAGAAAUACCAGGAAUACUCCCGCCGCAGGGCUUCAAUAGUCGGCAGGGCUGCGAAUUCCACCACAGCCUAUGAGGAGGAAGACCACUCUCUCCAAGGAAAGACUGGGAAGACGCAUGCCGUCUGCUAG